AUACUUUUUAGAAAAAUUAAAUUCGCUUCCUUCUCUUUUACUUCUAGACGAGACGAAGAUCUAACAUUUCCCCUCCCUCUAUUUAUUUCCUUUAUUUGCUCUCUCUUCUGUCAUCGCUCACUCACUCACUCUCUCCCUCUUUCUCUCUUCUUCCCGUUUGGUCUCUGAGAAAAGGAGUGAGGGUGUGUGAGCCAACAAAAAUCCCCCAAACAUGAAGAACCGUUCAGCCGUCGUUGUCCUCUCCCUGAUCUGCAUCGUAAUCGCCGGCGUCGGAGGCCAGUCCCCGGCAGCUUCCCCAACCGCCACCCCGGCCCCGCCGACUCCCACCACCCCCACCGCCUCUCCUCCGCUCGCCGCCACCCCUCCCCCGACAUCCUCCCCGCCUCCGGCCUCCGCCCCUCCUCCGGUCUCCACCGCACCACCGCCGGCCACACCCCCACCAGUCAGCUCCCCGCCGCCGGCCACUCCACCACCCGCAUCUCCUCCGCCGGCUUCCCCUCCCCCAGCCACCCCGCCACCCGUAGCGUCUCCCCCUCCGGCCUCCCCGCCGCCGGCUACUCCUCCUCCGGCCGUUCCGCCGCCGGCUCCCCUCGCUUCUCCGCCCGCCACGGUCCCAGCUCCCGCUCCGGCCACGAAGGUGAAGUCUCCGGCUUCCGCUCCCUCUCCUUUGUCCUCAAGCCCGCCGGCUCCUCCCACCGGAGCUCCCGCCCCUAGCCUCGGCGCCACCUCUCCCGGUCCCGCCGGCCCCGGCACUGAUGUGAGCGGAGCGGAGAAGGCGAUGGCUGGAGUGACGGCUACCAUGGCGGCGUCUUUCUUCUGGUUGUUACUUUAGAGAGAGAGAGAGGGAAGUGAGAGAGGGUUCUUCCUCCAGAGAGUUAUUUCCCCCAUUCUUUUUUGUCGUCUCGCUUUGUAUUGCGAUUGUUUGAUUUUUGUUGCUCUUAUUUGCUGGCGGGGGAUAUGGUGAUUGUCGAUUGCUUGUUACUUUAAUACUGUUGGCCUACACUUUAUGAUGAUGAUGAUGAUUAUUGUUACUACCUUCCUGCAUUUCGAUUAAUCUAUGGUUCUAGUACUGGUGCUGGAGGGCGGCGGAGGCUGCCAUUUU